AUGAGGCGGGCAAGGGCGCCCGUCACCCAGACAGACGUUCUGCCACAGCCCCAGACAGCCCCAGACGGAAGUGUCCUCUGCCUGUUGGAAAUGAAGCCAGGCUUUCUCCUCUCAGGAGCCAGGAGGCCUGUGGCCCUCCUCUUUACCAUUCUCUUCUUUAUGAGCCAAGCUCUACCAGCCAGGGGCAGAUUCAAGGAGGUCUGUGAGCGUCCAAACGGUGACUGCCAGGAAUUUUGCCUUGAAUCAGAACGCCAGGCUGGGAUAUGUUUAAAUGGUCAACGCUGCUGCCUGCCCAUGGGGAAUGAGCCCGUCAUCGAGCCUACUACACCCAAGGAAUGAUGAAGUCUUUUUGAAGCUUUGUGUUUCUGUGGAUGUUUUAUUCUCUAUUUUGUGCGCUCUCGCUGGGUCUCUUUUUCUGU